GAAGGCAUUUAAACUUUGACUUAAUAAAGUUAGAAUAAAAUAUAAAUAUACAAAGUACAUCAAUCUCAUUGCAAAAUUGUGUUGUAUACAGCAUCUCAAAAUGGACCUAUUGUGCACCGAUGGCGUCAGCUAUAUUGACCACUCUACUAGCUCCCACUACAUAAAAACAUCAAAUCAAAACCUCAGCGCAGCAGCCAUCGGACCAGGAAACUCCCUGCCCAUUGCCAACAUACCCAGCAUCUCCAGUUUUAUCAACCUGUGCAACAAGCCGAUCUGCGAUGACGCGGAUAUGCAGUGCAUCGUCGACCUGGUCGAAGGAACUAUAUGCGAAGCACUGGCCAUAAUCAAGUCGGAUCCCCGCGGUCUCUUUUGUUACAAAUUCCCGAAAAGGCUGAAAUUGUCAUCCGUCAGCAUGGCCUCCUCUGCUUACAACGACGCCGCCGUGGCCAACGGAGAGGACGAUGUGUCAAUAACAAAUCAUAACACAGGUUUCCUUGGCGUUUCGAUGGACUCUGGGUCCAGCGGCUUGACGCGCAAGAUGCUGACCAUCGGGGAUUUCGAGUACACCAACGCCAUUGCGGACAUUAGGGACUUCGUCAGCCGCUGGGAGCUAUCGCCUGACACGAAGUGUGUGGUAAUCAGCAAUCCGAUUCGCCAUGAGGUUCCUAUUAAAGGAACCAUUCUGUUUGUGGAUGCCCACUUCUCCAGGCCAACGCCUCGUUGUCCCAAUCCCCUCGCCGUUGCCAAGGUCCGAUUCAUCGUAACCGUGUCCAAGGUUCUACUGCGGCAUUAUCCGGUGAUGAUUACUUACCGAUUUGAGGGUUACAACACUCUAUACUACGGUUUGGGCGAACGCUGCCUUAACUCUUUCUCCUUCCAACGCUUCUUCAUAGACACCAUCCUACACACAAAGCUCACUUUCUUUGCUGCCAUCUCCGAGUGCCGUCACGGCACCAUUGAGAAGCCUAAGCAUAAUAUCAAGUCUAAAAAUGCUAAGAAGUCCGAUGGUUGAUUUCCCAUUCAAGUCCUUCUUUUGUUGUCCUUGGAGUUCCACGAAAAAUACUCACUGUAAUGCUUCAGACAGGCAAUUCAUCCGCUGCUCCGCCACACCGAGGCAAAUGCUCAGUUUUUCGCGCAGCGCCUCCUUAUCUUCGGACAUCAGGACACUCGUGUGGGUGGAAGCCAGUACGUGCAGCCAGCGCAGAGCAGAUCUGACACUGCAAUAAUAAGAAAUUGUGUUAACAAAAGUUUUGGAGCCAUCCAUUAAAUGUUUUCGCUUAAGACAAUUA